AGGUGCCGCGUGAACACCUUCGGCGCGGAGAAGGAGGCCUUCGGCCUCGACGCAGACUGGACGAAGCUGAAGCUGGCUGUCAGGGACGGCGUCGAGAGGGCCACGCGGUGGACCUUGGAGCCCCGCACGAAGGCCGUGGAGGUCACAGUGAUCGCCUUCUUCGGGACGGACCACUUCGCCCUGGGCGUGGAGUGCCCCGAGCCCGACGAGGGCGACGGGGUGGCCUUCCCAUGGGCGCGCCUCGCGCGCCCCGGCAUGGAG